UUGCCGAUGCUAGCUGUUUGUGUUCCACCUACUGAAGUUGGUCCUUCAGGGUUUUAUAGGUUUGGUGCUUUGAAUUGCUCAAGUAGUCUAAUUGAUGAAGUUAAAUAUGCAUAGACUAAUUUAAUUACUUUGUAACUGAUGUUUCUCUCCCUACAAUUUCAAAUCCCGAUGCAAGUGCUGAUCUUGCUGUGGUUUUAAUGCAAGAAGGACUUGCACACAUCUUACUUGUCGGUAAAAGCUAAUCGAUCAAGGAUAGAGACUUCAAUUCCUCGAAAGCAUGGCCCUGCCAUUGCUGUUUAUGAGUCGGCAUUGAAUAAGUUCUUUGAGCAUGUUUUACAGGCAAAUUAAAUACCUGAAGCACUUCUUCACCAGUUCUGAUAGAUUUUAUCCAAGCAUAUUGAUUUCAGUGUCAUUCGUUGUGCGGUGAUUGCAAGCCCUGGUUUCACUAAGCAAUAUAUACAAUAGUCGAGUGUUUUAUUCUUCAGGAUCAGUUUCAUCGUCACUUAUUGUUGGAGGCAGAGAUGAGACAGCUGAGACCCAUUAUUGAGAACAAGUCACGCAUAGUGCAAGCUCAGGAUAUAAAUCGAUCUGGGUGUGCUUCAGAAUCAGUAAUAUCAUCAUCCAGAAUCUCAAUUGCUUCUGCAAGUAUGGUUUCUUUGACUGGUUCAAUGUUAUUUCCUGCUACUGCACCGCAUGGCUCUACUGGGUCUGCUAGAUUCUCUAUUUGGAGUACGGACACAACCUCUUCGUUCUGCUAUAAUUAGAGAAAGGUUCUCUGCGCUUGUAUGGCACCUCUGCGAAACAUAGGCCGCAAUGAAUAUCGAGCAACCAAAUUCAAUGAUUCUUAUAAAUCAAAGCAAUUAGGGACGGUAUUGGAACCAGAGGAUGAUUCUGAUGUUCUAAUUGAAGGUAAAAAUGUCUACAAGUCAUUUGGGGAUAAGGAUAUACUGAGAGGUGUCAGCUUCAAGGUUGGUGGCUUGGGAGAUGUUGUGACCGGUCUUGGAAAAGCACUAAAAAAGAGAGGACACCUUGUGGAAAUUAUUCUGCCAAAAUAUGACUGCAUGCAAUAUGAUGGUCUUCCUGUUUACUUUAUUGAGCCUCAACACCCUGACAAGUUCUUUUGGAGAGGGCAGUUUUACGGAGAACAUGAUGAUUUCUAUCGUUUUUCGUUUUUCAGCCGUGCUGCACUUGAAUUGCUUCUUCAAGCUGGCAAAAAACCAGACAUAAUUCAUUGCCAUGACUAAUUUAAAAUUUGCUUCUGCCUUAAUUUUCUUACAGUGCAUGAUCAUACAUUUUACAACUACGGAAAACUAUAUGAAUGGGUCAUUUGAUUCUC